ACCGCUGACUGUGAGUGUUUUUCCACUGCGUUUCCAGGUGUGGCCAAACAUGUGGGUGACGCUCUGAAGGAACAUAUGUCCAGAUCGGCUCGGAAAAUCUGUACGGUGGGAAUCGCACCCUGGGGAGUGAUCGAAAACAGGAACGACCUCAUCGGAAGAGACGUUGUAGCGCCGUACCAAACCCUGCUGAAUCCUCUCAGUAAACUCAAUGUGCUUAAUAACUUCCACUCUCAUUUCAUCCUGGUGGAUAAUGGGACAGUCGGGAAAUAUGGAGCUGAAGUCAAACUCAGGAGAGAGCUGGAGAAACACAUUAACCUGCAGAGAAUCCAUGCCCGCAUUGGUCAGGGCGUCCCGGUCGUGGCGCUGAUCUUUGAAGGAGGUCCAAACGUGAUCCUGACGGUGCUGGAGUAUCUUCAGGAGAGUCCGCCGGUGCCGGUGGUGGUGUGUGAGGGAACCGGACGCGCCGCUGAUAUACUGGCAUACGUACACAAGCAGACGGAGCAGGACGGGUAUACACACACACAGAGACUGUUCACAGGCACGAACACGUCGGCCUUCGAUCAGCUGGUCCUGACGUUGGCGUGGGAUCGAGUGGACAUCGCUAAAGAUCACGUGUUUGUUUACGGACAACAGCUGCUGGUGGGUUCCCUCGAGCAGGCGAUGUUGGAUGCGUUGGUGAUGGACCGUGUGGAGUUCGUUAAGCUCCUGAUCGAGAAUGGCGUCAGCAUGCACCGCUUCCUCACAAUCACACGUCUGGAGGAGCUGUACAACACGAAACAAACUCCAACCAAUCCGACGCUCUAUCACCUGGUGAGGGACGUCAAACAGGGUAACCUCCCGCCCAACUAUAAGAUCACGCUGAUCGACGUGGGACUGGUGAUCGAGUAUCUGAUGGGAGGAACGUACAGGUGCAACUACACGCGCAAACGCUUCCGCAUCAUCUACAACAAUCUGCACGGGAACAGCCGGCGGUCAGGUCGACACACAGCUGGCAGCUCCCAUGAGUCCUUCAGCAUUCAGGCAGAUAAAAAAGAGAAAACGCGACACAAUCACUUCAUCAACACGGCGCAGCCCUACAAACCCAGGCUGGACUCUGUCUCCGAGCAGCAGAAGAAGAAGAGUAAGGAGGAGGUGGUGGACAUCGACGAUCCGGAGACGCGCAGGUUCCCGUACCCCUUCAACGAGCUUCUGGUGUGGGCCGUGCUGAUGAAGCGGCAGAAGAUGUCUCUGUUCUUCUGGCAGCACGGCGAGGAGUCCAUGGCCAAAGCUCUGGUGGCCUGCAAACUGCUGCGCUCCAUGGGAUACGAGGCCAAGAAGAGCGACGUGGUGGACGACACAUCCGAGGAGCUGAAGGAGUAUUCCAAUGAGUUCGGCACGCUGGCGGUGGAUCUGCUGGAGCAGUCGUUCAGGCAGGACGAGACGAUGGCCAUGAAGCUGCUGAUGUACGAGCUGAAGAACUGGAGCAACUCCACCUGUCUGAAGCUGGCAGUGUCGUCGCGCCUCCGGCCGUUCGUGGCUCACACCUGCACACAGAUGCUGCUCUCCGACAUGUGGAUGGGCCGCCUGAACAUGCGCAAGAACUCCUGGUACAAGGUGAUCCUGAGCAUCCUGGUUCCUCCUGCCAUCCUCCUGCUGGAGUACAAGACCAAAGCGGAGAUGUCCCACAUUCCCCAGUCGCAGGACGCUCAUCAGAGCAUGGAGGACAGCGAGCACUACCUGCAGAACCCUGACGAUAUCCAGAUGGAUGUGUUUAAGGAAGUCCGUAUGAAUGACAACGCGGAUGUGAAGAAUGAGACGGAGGUGCAUGUGCGUUCCCGCCGGUUACCCAUCACACGCAAGUUCUACGCCUUCUACCACGCACCGAUCGUCAAGUUCUGGUUCAACACGCUCUUUUACAUCGGCUUCCUGAUGCUGUAUUCAUACGUGGUGCUGGUGCGAAUGGAGCCGUUUCCAUCUCCUCAGGAAUGGGUCGUCAUUCUUUGCAUCUUCACGCUAGCGGUGGAGAAGAUUCGAGAGAUGUUCAUGUCUGAAGGAGGCAAAAUCAGUCAGAAAAUUAAAGUCUGGUUCAGCGACUACUUCAACGUGUCUGAUUUCCUGGCGCUCCUGAUGUUCUUCGUGGGCUUCGGCCUGCGCUUCGGCUCGGGGAGCGUGUUCAUCGCGGGCCGGAUCGUGUACUGUCUGAACAUCAUCUUCUGGUACGUGCGGCUGCUGGAUAUCCUGGCGGUCAAUCAGCAGGCUGGACCCUACGUCAUGAUGAUCGGGAAGAUGGUGGCCAACAUGUUCUACAUCGUGGUCAUCAUGGCCGUCGUGCUGCUGAGUUUUGGGGUUCCUCGGAAAGCCAUUCUGUACCCAAACGAGGAUCCCUCGUGGACUUUGGCCAAAGAUGUGGUGUUCCAGCCUUACUGGAUGAUGUACGGUGAAGUUUACGCCUACGAGAUCGACGUGUGUGCGAACUCGAGCGAGGCGCAUGUUAAGGAUCUGUGUAGGACCGGUGUGUGGUUGACGCCGCUGCUGCAGGCCGUCUAUCUGUUCGUGCAGUACAUACUGAUGGUGAACCUGCUGAUCGCCUUCUUCAAUAACGUCUACAUGCAGGUGAUGUCCAUAUCCAACCUGGUGUGGAAAUACCAGCGCUAUCACUUCAUCAUGGCGUACCACGACAAGCCGGUGCUUCCGCCGCCGCUGAUUCUGCUCAGCCACGCCGCGUCUGUGCUGUCCUCCAUCUGCAGGAAGAGGAAGAAGGACAGCAGCGCCUACGGACCAAAGCUCUUCCUGACUGAGGAGGACCAGAAGAAGCUGCACGACUUCGAGGAGCAGUGCGUGGAGACGUACUUCCACGAGAAAGACGAUCAGUUUCACUCUGGGAGUGAGGAGAGAAUCAGACUCACGUCCGACAGGGUGGAAACGAUGUGUGUGCAGCUGAAGGAGGUCGGAAACAAGGUGAACUUCAUCAAGCGCUCUCUGCACACGCUGGAUUCUCAAAUCGGACACCUGCAGGAUCUCUCGGCGCUCACGGUGGACACGCUAAAGGCGCUGACAGCGCAGCGAGCGUCCGAGGCUAGCAAAGUGCACAACCAGAUCACACGCGAGCUCAGCAUCUCCAAGAACCUGGGGCCCGACGUGACGGGGCACUCGAGUGCUCUGGUGCGGUGCAGCGUGGGAUUCCUGCCUCCCGCCGCCAGCAUAGCAGAGUCUCUGUUCGGGGGCGGAGCUGGAGGCGGAGCCGAGGAGCGGCAUGGAGCGGAGCUUCCUCCGAGCCCCGAGACACGCCCUCUGUUCACGGCCGAGGCUGGAUCCUCCGGCUGCACCUUACCUCAGUCGCUCAGACACUCACCGCAGCUGCGGCGCCGCGGACGCUCCGUGCUCCAGGACACGGGUCCUAGCAGCCUCGCCACGUUCUUCGUCAGCACACCGUCGCAGCUCACCAUCUCACAGACGCACACGGAGCCGGCGCAUGUCGCAGUGGAGUUCGGGGCCUUCGUGGGUUACAAGGAUGAUCCUGAGGGUCAGAGGUCGUUUCCUAAAGAGGGUGCUGUCAGCAGCCGCCAGUCGAGUCCCUCCAGAAAGACUCGGGAUGUGGCGGCUGUGGCGCAGGGUCACAUGCGGACGGUGAACUCGUACGCCGGUUUCACAGAGUUCGACAGAAACCCUUCGUUCCUGCAUCCAGAGUCCACACUCGGUAAGCAGGAGAGGACGCGCGUGUCGUUGGAGGACGUCUCGUGUUAUGAGGAUCUGCUGCUGGGGAAAUCAGCUCAGUCCAGCAAACUGAGUCCAGGAGACGACAUCUCAAACGCUGCAGAGGGUCUGUACGGUGCUCGACACACACACCUGGCUGCGCGUAAGGACUCGAUCGUUUCUCCGUUCAAGCCCAUGGAGAGUUAUCAGUAUUCAGCGGUGGAGCGUAAUAACCUGAUGCGGUUGUCUCAGAGUAUUCCAUUCACCCCAGUGCCCCCUAGAGGUGAGCCGGUGACCGUGUACCGUCUGGAGGAGAGCUCUCCACUCACUCACUCACUGUUUCUGGAGGUGUUCCUGCUCUAUUGUCACUCUGCCGGUCAGUGGUUUGCCAUCGAGGAGUGCAUCACCGGAGACUUCCGCAAGUUUAAUAACAACAACGGGGAUGAAAUCGUCCCGACCAACCUUCUGGAAGAAACCAUGCUGGCCUUCAGCCACUGGACGUAUGAAUACACGCGAGGAGAGCUGCUGGUGCUGGAUCUGCAGGGGGUCGGUGAGAUCCUGACAGAUCCAUCAGUCAUUAAGAGUGGAGAGAAAGGGUCUUAUGAUAUGAUCUUUGGCCCCGCGAAUCUUGGAGACGAUGCCAUUCGAAACUUCCGCUCCAAGCAUCACUGCAACUCGUGCUGCAGAAAACUCAAACUUCCCGAUCUGAAGCAGAACGACUACACUCCUGAUAAACUGAUGCCCUCUGAGGGACCGUCCCAUUCACCGCCUGCAGGGGGCGCCGCUAAAGAACAGCGGCCCUCAAUGCGCUUAAUGCUGUGAGCCACCUGUACACACACACACACACACGCGCACACACACAC